AUGGCAGAUAUGAUUGCUGAUGACAUUACAGCCGCAAGAAGAUUCGCUGCCCAGGUGAAAGACCACGAUGCUCAGCAUGUACACGACUUCGCCAACAAUGCUCGUUCACCGAGGCCAACCCUAUCAGUGAGGAUACCACGAGUAGAAUGGAGAAUCGCAUGUCGACUUGAACAACUCGAGGAUAAGUUGGAUAGCUUAAUAAGCAGAGUUGUUCCCCCAUCAAUGCAAGAAACGACACCAACCUCGACGUCGGACAGGAAUAACCGUAUACCAUCAUUCUCAUCAACCUCUCCUCACACAGCACUUCCGCUAAUAUCGUCAAUACCAACAGAAGUCACUACAAGAGCAAUUGACUUUUACUUCCGCCAUAUUCAUAGACAACCUUUGUGGCUUUUCGGCGAGCGCCCUUUACUACCCUCAGAUACAUCUGAGGAACUGAUCUAUGCCAUGCUAGCGUUAAGCAUGACUUAUAAUAUGGCAGAUAUGCCUAUGGAUAACCUCCAAAGCCCUGACUCGUACAACAAAACUGCCCGGAGAGGUGUUAUGCUCAAAAUUGCAGAGGGCAGAGUGACUGUCAGAUGUGCUCAGGCGCUGUGCCUACUGGCAUACCACAACUUCAUAUUGGGCAACAUCCCCAUAGCUGGUUUCGACAUAGCAACUGUCCAGAACAUGAUCCAGCUUCUUCCCGGUAGUGAGCGUAACUCAAGCGGCUCAGCAAUCUCACGAGAGAAAUCCCGACUAUUCUGGAGUAUCCAGUACCUAAGCUCUUCUUGCGGUAGGCCAGUCCUGUUGCCGUCUAUACCAACAAGUAUCGACGCCCCUCAAAUGCUCACGGUCGAGACCCGAGAUUCUCUGGGAAGCUGCAUUCCUGCUCCAAAAGCCACCGAUUCUGGCUUACGGGAGACUCUGGUUGACGUUUGGUCUCAGUCCCUAAAGGUUUGCGAGCUAUGGAGUGAUGUUAGACUCUACGUCGCCAAGUGCUUUGAAGGCUUAGCCAAACGUCCUUGGCAUCCAGGUUCCGACUACACCAGACUUUGUUCGCGGUUAUUGGAGGUUGAGAUGAUCUGGCCAAUCUCCCUGAGCUAUAACGCAACAAAGUUCCCGGAGCUUUCUCCCCGAGAGGUAGAAAACAACCGUAUGGAUUGGCUGCCGUGGCUUAGGAUUCAGGUGACCUACCAUACCAUACACUGUGUCCUCAAUCACCCAUCUCUGUAUACAGUCAUGGCUGAAACACCGAAGAGUAGACUUGGAGGCGACUCAUUCUGGAGAGCAUCUUACCUGAAGGCUUUGAGACAUUGUACUUGGGUCUCGAGGUUGAUUCGAACAGCGGAGGAGAAGAAUCUGCGACUGGCUGAUCCUUUCUUUGCUCAAGCAGCAGCAAUCGCCAGUACAUUGCAUCUGUACUGGACAAGAACUAAUGAUAGUCAGCUGCAGGCAUCUUCCGUGAGAAAUCUAGAAGUUUGCAGGAAUCUUGUGAGGGAGAUGGCGACAUGUUGGCCAGUUUGCAAAACGAUUGAACAUACUCUGGAUCAGUUCAUCGAGUCAACCGAUCGAUCAACUCAAAUGGCGGCUGACAAAUCAUCCCCAGCCGUUGUCAGAACAUCUCUCAUCUGGGUGUUGCUGGAUGUAGCGGCACCGCAAUUCCCCAACUACCAUGAUCAAAGCGUUCAUGGUCGAGAUGUUUGGGGCGGUCAUGCAGCCACUCAGGACGAAGAUGGCCUACCAACGUCCGAGGCGAGUUCACCGCCAAUAGAUAUGCGAGAGUCAACAGCUCAGUACGCGUCACCUCCAGCUUGGGUGUCGGAGAGGACAGACGCGAACCCGCAAGAGACAGUAGAGAAUGGGGCGAUUACGACCCAGCAUGGGGUUACUAAUGAACAUGUGACUACGCAUGAUUUGGCCUGGGGACCUUGGGAGAAUCUCGGGCCGAUGGGGGAGAACUUUAGUAUGAACAUAGACUGGUGGGACAUGAAUCAAUUUUAA